AUGGUUUUGAAUGAGCAAGUGGGGCUCAGGGAAGACAUUAAGGGUAAUGGCAUUGAUUGCUUUACAUGGAAACGACAGCUAGAAGAGGCCAAUGUUGAAGGAGAAAAGGGGCAAGUUCUGGAACAGGAGCCCUCUGGUGGGGUGGCGUGGAGGGGCUCACUGGGCAGCACAGGCAUAGGUGGAGAAGUGGGACGGGGCCACGACGGCACUUACGUGGGCAAACACUUCCGCAUGGGAUUCAUGACCAUGCCUGCUCCUCAGGACAGACUCCCCCAUCCUUGCUCCAGUGGCUUUACCGUGAGGUCGCAGUCCCUGCACUCGGUUGGGGGAACAGAUGAUGACAGCAGCUGUGGCUCCAGGAGACAGCCACCACCCAAACCCAAGCGAGACCCCAGCACCAAGCUGAGCACAUCCUCGGAGACGGUCAACAGCACACCCGCCAGUAAGAGUGGGAAAGCCCCCGAGCGGACCGAAGUGUCGGCCAAACCAAGACCCCACAGUGAUGAAUAUUCAAAGAAGAUUCCUCCUCCGAAACCGAAACGGAACCCCAACACUCAGCUUAGCACAUCUUUUGAUGAAACGUAUAUCAAAAAGCACGGGCCCAGGAGGACGUCGCUCACGCGGGACUCUUCCCUGUCCCAGGUCAGCAGCCCGGCGGGGGACCCCGAGGAGGAGGAGCCCGUGUACAUCGAGAUGGUGGGGAACAUUCUCAGAGACUUCAGGAAAGAGGAUGACGAUCAGAGUGAGGCCGUCUACGAGGAAAUGAAAUACCCCAUUUUUGACGAUCUAGGCCAAGACUCCAAAUGUGACCUUGACCAUCACAGUUGUUCUUCACAGUGUGCUACUCCCACGGUGCCUGACUUGGACUUCGCCAAGUCCUCAGUGCCAUGUACUCCAAAGGGUUUGCUUUGUGACAUCCCCCCGCCCUUUCCCAACUUGCUCUCCCACAGACCCCCGCUGCUGGUGUUCCCGCCAGCUCCUGUGCAGUGCUCCCCCAACUCCGAUGAGUCUCCGCUCACCCCGCUGGAGGUCACAAAGCUUCCUGUGCUGGAAAACGUGUCUUAUAUGAAACAGCAGGCCGGAGCAUCUCCAUCCGCGCUGCCCUCUCAUGCCCCCGGCCAUGCUAAACUGGAGAAAGACCAGACCGGAGCCCUAGGACCUGUUCCUGCUGCUUCUGUGCUCUCCUCGUCCCCUCCCCCGCCGUCCACUUUGUACCGAACGCAGUCUCCCCACGGCUACCCUAAAAGUCACUCGGCCUCCCCAUCCCCGGUGAGCAUGGGGAGGUCCCUGACGCCGCUCAGCCUCAAAAGGCCUCCGCCCUAUGAUGCCGUGCAUUCAGGCAGCCUCUCAAGGAGCUCUCCAUCAGUGCCUCAUUCGACCACCAGACCGGUGUCGCAAGAUGGGGGCAAGAUGGUCAACGCUGCGGUGAACACCUACGGGGCGGCUCCGGGCGGCUCCCGGUCCAGAACACCCACGAGUCCCCUGGAAGAACUAACCAGCCUCUUUACCUCGGGACGAAGCCUGCUGAGGAAGUCGUCCAGCGGCCGCCGUUCUAAAGAGCCUGCCGAGAAUUGGUUUAUGAAAGCAUUAGCUGCUUAA